AUGGAUACUACUCCAAGUACCAGCGGUCUUUCUUCUCCACCAAAAAUUGAUAGGUUUGGAUAUUUGAAAAGAAGCUGUAAGAGUGUUUUAAUAGAACGUGAUGAUAUUGUAAGAUGGAGACGACAAUACUUAACAUCUAUCAAACGUUACAUGUCAGAAGGUCUUAAAAGCCCAUCAGGAAAAGGUAAACAUCUUAUAAUUCUUCAUGCUGGAUGUGAACAAGGAUUUGUUAAAGAGACAUUACUCGUUUUCGAAAGUAAAAAAACUGGAGAUUAUCAUGAGGAUAUGAAUGGGACAGUGUUUGAACAAUGGUUUUCUGAAUUUCUAAAAAAAUUGCCAGAUUGUGCUGUAAUUGUAAUGAACAAUGCAUCCUACCAUAGCCGUCAAAUAGAAAAGGUUCCCACAACAUGUUCAUUGAAGAAAGAUGUGCAGUAUUGA